AUGCUUCUGGUUCUGAAAAAAAGGGUCUCCCUGAUGGUCUUCCUGCUGAUGGCAUCCUGUGUGAUUGCAAGCCAAGUCUUCUCCCAGAAUCCUCGGCACAAGAAGUUUCUGAAGCAGCACCAAGACUUCCCCCAAACCAAAGUUGUGGGGCACGAUUACUGCACGGUGAUGAUGCUACAAAGGGGCAUGACCAGGCCCUGCAAGAACACCAACAGUUUUGUCCACGCCCCUCACAACCAGCUGAAGGACAUCUGCAGCUGGGCUGGGACUCAUUAUCGCAGAGCUUUACGGCUCAGCAAGGCCCUCUUAUCCGUCACCACCUGCAAUCUGCAGGGGACGGCACAAGGCCAGUGUCAGUAUUGGACUCAGACAGGACAGCAACAAAUUCUUAUCAGCUGUGACCCUUCUGGCUGGCCUGUCCACUUUGAAGAGAGCAACUUCAUGUAG